CGACUCUACUUACGAGCCGGUCGUGGCCGUCACCGGCAUUGCCGUCGGCAACCGUGGACGGUUCAAACGGUGAUGCAAUUAUAAUCAACGUCCGUAUCAAGUUUGAUUCAAGCCAUUUUGGUAUUGGCUCAAGACUGGUCGAAGCGAAGCUUGUUCCCGCCCUCCCACGACCACCCAGCUAAAAAAAUCCAGAUUGUCACCAAGGUCCCACCGAGAUGGCAGGUUUGGUGGAGCCCCCUGCGAACCUGAAGGGGCCAGACCUGAUCGAGAAGAACAAGUGGUUCAUUUACAUUUGCUGUGGAGGCUGCGGUUGGGGAGACUGGAAGGACCCGUUGUGCGGUUCCGACGUCGAGGACCUGACCCAGAAGGCGACUUGCAACACCACGUCGUUGAUGAACGAUGACGGUCUCUGUGCGUGCCUCAAUUUCCAAAUGAAUCAGACAGCGCAGUGCCAGUGCCCACCUGUGGAUGGUGCACCCAAGUGCGUCUGCUUCAACACGCCCCUCGUGCCAGGGGGUGGUAUGAGCAAGAAGAAGGGGGAUGUCGAAUAUCAGGCGAUUUUCGGGGACACCUGGUGGUACACAUAUAUUUUCUGCGGCGGUUACGGCUGCAAUGGUCUGAAGGCUUUGGAUCGCCCCAUGAUUGCAGGAUACCAGAAGUUCUUGAUUGUCGAGGGGUCCAUGGGCUUGAAUGAGAAGAACGAGUGGCCUGGGGCGGGCAAUGGCAUGACGAAGUGCACGGCUGGACUUUGCAGUGGCGACAAUGUUUGCAUGCAGUCUGUUGAGACGUGCUUGUGCAUCUACACUCAGGUGAAGAUCCCGCCAGAACAGGGUGCAAAGAAAUGCGUCUGCUGCGCGAAGGACAUUGUCCCGUGAGACACGCCGAGCGUCGCACGUGUAAACACAUUGGGACGGGAUAGCAAUGUUUCCCGUUUUGACCAGUUUCAUAUUUUGAGCGGAGAAGGUAUCGAAGACAUGAGGCCUUCAUCUGCUUGACUAAUUAGUGUUCGUCCGCGCACGAUUGGGCGUCUUGCUCGUUUGGCACGCUACGCCGUCGUGUGGUCGUGACGCAUGCUGUGCUGUCGGUGAUGGUUGCGGUACUGCCUCUGCUUCGUCACUGGCGACAUCGUCAUGUUGCGGGCGCGCGCGCGCACCCCAUGGCUGCCCGACCGCCGUGCCAGCUGGACCUUUCAGAGCGUGCAGUCGCUCCUGCAGUCGGACCCAGCAGCACGCGGUCAUAAAAACCAGAGUCGGGGCGGCAGGUCCGCGGCGUGCCGGCGCGGCGGCGACCCCGGCGCGGGCGUUCGAGGUUGCACGCCGCCAGUGGCCAGGAAGCGGCCGACGUCGAACGAUCUGCGACGGCGGAAUGCCGCGAUCGUUCCAGGCUGAACGAUCCACGCGGAGGUAGAAAUCAGCGCCGAAGUCAUCACGGCACGAAUUUGCCCUGUUAUGGUUGAUCAGUUUCCUCACGUUGUCUGCUGCAGCGUUGGCAGAAUGAGUCGUCAGGUUGCGGGACGGAGCCCACCAUCUUUCGAGAGCCACGCGCAAUGAAAUGGUUCGUCGAGUCUUUCUGUGUGCGGAUCUUGUGCGCAAUGUUUCUGAGACAUUGUUUUGGUCUUUGCGAUUGUUGCCGCUCCUGCCAGGGCAUACCAUCUGACCUCUUGCGACCCACCUUGAUUUUAUCACAGACGCCUACGGCGAAUCACCGCCGCCGCC